UAGCAAAUAGUCCUAACGAACUAUCCCUAUUACGAGACUGGAUUAUCGAUGGGGCGCGACAAGAAAUUAUUAGGCGGGAACUUUUGAGAGAAUUUGGAGUAAACCCUGGGACUGAAGAAAAAUU